AUGGACAACCAGUUUACUUCGACGAGUUAUUUUGGUGAAAGUGCCUCAAGCGACCCCAGUACGGAGAUUCGAGGGCGUCAUAUCCGCACCAAACAGCCAUAUUCCUUCUGGGAUGUGCUUAGACGUUUUGCGGACAAGACAUCGUGUGUGGGACCGGGGAAUAUUUCCACCAGCCGGAGUUGGCAUGGCAGAGUGAUGUGGAUCCUCCUGUUUUUGUCUGCCUGGUCUCUCACUAUAUACAUGACUCACAAGAACUUUAUAGAAUACACAAGCUUCAAGACUAGAGUGGGUGUCUACAUGGGAUUCUCCAAGCUGAAAUUUCCAAUGGUGUCCAUAUGUAAUACCAAUCCAAUCAGGCGAAGUCAGAUAAAUUAUACAGUAUCUUCGGAACUACGAGACUUCCUUGUCCGACUUGAUUACACCCCAUCGUCUAACAGCAAUGAUUCAAAUUUCGAAUGGUCGCAUCAUUUCUGGGAUAGCAAUGAGACGGAUUACUUCAGCGAGUACUACUACUACGAUGAUUACGACUGGGGACCCAUUGUCAAAGCGGAUCCGCGAUCCCAGGUCACGAAGGAGUUUAAGAUCUUAUACGGGGGAGAAGACAGCGCUAACAAAGGUGCCAUUGGUCACCAGAUUGAGGACAUGCUGAUUUCGUGUUCCUACGCCGGGUUAAAGUGCGGCCAAGAACAUUUUGUGGUUACACGGUCCAAUGUGUUCGGAAAUUGUUUCACCUUCAACAGUGAAGUUGACAGUAAUCUGACGUCGCGACGUAGUGGAAACGAAAACGGCCUAUCGUUAAUCCUAUAUUUGGAGAAUGCGGAGUACAUCCCGGGCUUGACCAGUGGUUAUGGUGCCCGGCUGGUGGUCGGCCAACCUGGGCAAAUGGUACUACCUGAGUAUAAUGGGUUGUACUUAUCUGCUGGGGCAGAAACUGAUGUAGGUCUGACGCUGGUUAUUGUUGAAGGAGGAACAUUCCUCAGUCCAAUGGUAUAUUUAUUGAUCUCACUCAUUUUCAGGUCAACAUUACUCGUCAAGGAACACCAUAUGGAAAUUGUGUCAGUGACUCUGAAAACAGAGGUGCCUUCGGCGGAUUUCCAUCGGACAAUAGAUACUCCCGCCAGGGAGCAGACGUAUGACAUGAUGCUUUCUAGUCGGGAUUGGCCCACCAAUUCUUAUGUGAAUUCUUUACAAGAGACAAUAUGUAAGGACCCGUCACAGGAGGCCGACUGCAAUGAUCUCACCUAUUCGGACAUGGCGGAGAAAAGACGAAAUUUCCUGAAAGUGAACAUAUUUUACCGAGACAUGAAUUAUGAAGAUAUUAAGGAAGAGCCCAGUUACUCCGAUUCUCAGUUUUACUCCGACUUGGGUGGUACGGCCGGACUGUUCCUUGGUCUUUCAGUCCUUAGCCUCUUUGAGCUCGCCCAGCUUAUUAUGGAAGUGUGUGAGUGGAGUCUUGAACGGUUGUGCGGCCAUGAUCCAAAGGAAGUCCAAAAGCCACAGCAACAGGAGAAUAAAUCGCAAAAUUUACGCAACAUCAACAGUGUUCUCAGCAUGGAUACGGAUAAAAUGAAUGGCUACCGUGAACCUAUACGAUACGUGACCGGACAGCGAACUUAA